GUUGCUGCUGCUGCUGCUGCAGUUGUUUCCGGAGCGCCGCACGUGGGCGGAGCGGGGCCUCUUGCAAGCUAGGUCUCCUCGGGAGGAAGGCUGGCACAUCUGGAGUCGGCGUAGCCUAGAAAUUGCACGAUUUGGGACAAUAUAAAAGUCGGGAAAGAGAGCAAUGAAGGAGAAGACCUCUGCAGACCUAGAAUUAGAAGAGGGAGGCGCAAUCAGGGCAGGAAAAGCCACCAGCAUACUUCAACUGGAAUAUAUGGUGGAACGGAGUUUGCACGAGGGCCAAGGAGAAGGGGGUCAGAGGGUGCAAGAGGACUGGGAUGCCCAGUGGCAGGAUUUUUUGAAGACCCUGCAGCCCAUUCACUCAGGAGAGGAGCACCUCGUGACGAAGGAGAUGAUGGCCCCGUGGGAUGAUACCAAGGCCUUCCUGGGCUCCUUCGAAGAAGUGGCCAAAGCUUGCCGGUGGCCCAAAGAGGAGUGGGUGACCCGGCUCCUGCCAGCACUUCAUGGGGAAGCAGAAGAGGCCUUUCAGAGCCUGGAAGCCAGAGACAGGGAGGAUUAUGGGAAAGUGAAGGCUGCCAUCUUGCGACGGGAUGCCCUGAGGAUGGAGAUGAGACGCCAGCAUUUCAGGGACUUCUACUGCCAGGAGGUGGAAGACCCCCGGAGGCUUCACAGCCAAGUCCAAGAGCUUUGCCACCGGUGGCUGAGGCCGGAGAGACGCAGCAAGGAGCAGAUCCUGGAGCUGCUGAUCCUGGCGCAGUUCCUGGCCAGCCUUCCCCCGGACCUCCAGGGCUGGAUACGGGCAGGAGGGCCCGACACGUGUUCCCAGGCCGUGGCCCUGGUGGAGGACUUCCUCAUGAGCCAGGAAGGGGCUGAGACGAGAAGCUGGCAGGGUCCAACGGCAGAUGAGUUCCUGGGUGCUUUGGAUGCAGAAGAAAAGUCUGUAGAAGCCGAGCAAAACGGCCAUCUGGAGGCGAGUGUGCUGGACAGUGGGAUCAGAUGCCCAAGUCAGACCACUGCCUUGCUCCCCCCGGAAGGACAGAGAACAAGCCAAACUGCAGUGGAAGAGAGACAAAGAAAGUUCAAGGAGACCAGCCUGUCAUUGCAGGUCGUCAAGCGGAGUCUCACGCAACCAGGACAGGAGACUAUGGUCUGGCAUGUUUUGCAGGAGGAGGAGGAGGAGGAUGAAGAUCCUUUAGGAAUUGGGAUGGGAAAUCAGAUCCAAAUGGCGACGUCUCAGUAUGGAGGAAAUCAGACAGAAGAUCUACCCAGGACGGCCUUGCCAGUAAGCCAAGAGAAUGCACUGAAGACACAGGAGGAAGCAUGUCAGUCCAGAGCGGAGCUGGGAGAUUGUCCAGUGGAGGUGGAGGAAAAUUGUACAGUGCUCACCGGAGGUCUUUCAGCUUCUGUUCAUCCGUCUUCCAAUGUACAGACGAGUGACCAAAAGCCUUUGGUCUCCAGGUACACUAGAAAGCAUCAUUACCUAUAUGAACGCAAUAUCACAGAUUCCAUGGAGGAUCAUAUUGGAAGCCACGCAUCAGAGGAGAACCUCCGACCCAGUUCAUCCUGUGAUCAACAAGACAGGAAGCUAACAGGAAAGAGUAAAUUUGAAUUUUCUGAAAACUGGAAAGAGGACAGUUUGGACAGAAAACAGAGCGAUCAUUCAAAAGAGAAAUUCCAUGACUCUCCCGAGCACGGGAACAGAUUGAGUUAUACAAAGUCCCUCGAGAGAAACCAAGGGAUUCAAAGCGAAGGGAAACUCUAUGAAUGCUCUCACUGUAGGAAAGGUUUCGGCGAGAGAGGACUUCUGAUCAGUCACGAGCAACUCUGUCCUGCAAAGAAAAGGCAGGAGUAUCACAAAUCUGGGAGGAUGUUCACUUUUCGACAGGCCGUCAUGAAAGACCAGGGACUUUAUAUUGGAGGGAAACCCUACGAAUGUUCUUGGUGCGGGAGGUAUUUCAGCAAGCGAGACAAGCUGAAGAGACAUCAGAGAACUCAUACGGGGGAAAGACUGUAUAAAUGUCUUGAAUGUGGGAAAAGCUUCGCUCGGAAAGAACAUUUGAAGAUCCAUCAGAGGACUCAUACGGGAGAGAAACCGUACGAGUGUCCUGAAUGCAGGAAAUGCUUUACAGAGGGAGGGAGUCUGAAGAAACAUCAGAGGAUUCAUACUGGAGAGAAACCAUACAAAUGUUCUCAGUGUGCUGAAAGCUUCCGUCUGAGAGAACAUUUGAAGAAGCACCAGAGGAUUCAUACUGAAGAGACGCCGUACAAGUGUUCUCGGUGCUGGAAAAGUUUCAGUCGGAUCGAACAUUUGAAGGCCCAUCAGAAAAUUCAUACAGGAGAGAAACCCUACAAAUGUCCAGAAUGUGGGGAAACAUUCAGGCAUAAUGGAAGCUUAAGGUAUCAUCAGAGAAUCCAUGUCCAAGAGGGGCCCAAAUUGGAUCUAGGUACGGGAAACGCUUGGCUAGAGGAAAAUGUUUCAACCAAUAUGACAGAAAUUGUACUAACGGUGUGAAGAAAGAUUUGUUCAGGCAGUGUAUUUAUAGGAUCAUCACAGAGACUGCAGGAAGUGGAAGCCUUCGUAACAUGUAGAAGAAGAUAACCUUAGACAGACCAAUUCAUCAGGUAUCAGAGACGUUUGGGAAGCAUUUCAUUCAAAAAGAUACAGGCCAGAAUCCAACUGAAUAUUUAUGCCAAUUAACUUGAGUUCUAGAUCAAAUUGAGCCUGAACUCUCCCUAGAAAGACUAAUGGUGAAACCGAGGCUCUUGUACUUUGGGCACAUCAUGAGAAGACAAGACUUGCUCAAAAGACAAUCAUGUGGGGAAAACCUCAAGGCAGCAGGAAAAGAGCAGCCCUAUAUACAAGGUGGAUUGACUCCAUCAAAGAAGCCACAGGUUGUGAGAGCUGAGCAGGGCUAUUAAUGCUAGGAUAUUUUGGAGGCUACUCAUUCACAGGGUCAUCAUUAGUUGGAUGUGACAUGGUGGCACACAACAACAACAACAACAACACCAAGCGCUAAGGCACAGCUGAGAUUGGCAAAUACAGUGAUGCCUCGCUUAACGGCGAUAAUCCAUUCCAGGAAAAUCGCUG